CCACAUAAUCCAGGCAGAGACAAGCACAACCUUUAGUCACCACAGAUGACUUUGAGCCAAGGAUAAUGUCUCACAAUAAGAUUUCAGUCAUGAUUCUGGGCAAUGUGAAGUCUUUGAAGAAAGCUCUGAUAACCAACAUCCUGGGGAAAGAUUUAUCUGUUUUAACCAAAAGAAAGAUUCUGAAAAACACUGAGAUAUAUGACGAUGAUACAUUUGAGUUCACAUGUACACCAGAUCUGAACACAACAUGUGACGAUAUUAGAGAGCUAUUUUCUAAGAAUCCAAACUUUGACCUGUGUUUGUUGGUGGUAGAGGAUGGAUUUUCAACAGGAAAUGUGCAAAAGCAGAUAAAAGACCUCAACAAGAAGACUGGAAAACCAAGAGAAGAGUUGACAGUUGUGCUUCCACUGAGAUACAAAUUUACAGAAUAUCCAUUCAAAUUCUACACCCUCGAACAGGUUUUCAGCAAACUGAGCAAACUACUUAAAGAUAAACAACUGAACCCAACCAACAAAAGGAAAAGGUCUGCUGACACUGCUGAACCACAAGAUGGAAGUAAGAAGAAAGAAAAGCUCACCAGCACCAAAGUGAACCUUGUUCUUCUGGGAUUGGCUGGGACUGGAAAGAGUGCCAGUGGAAACACCAUCCUUGGAAAGAAGCACUUUGUUUCUAGACCCAGUUCAAAUCCAGUCACCACAGAGUGUCAGGUGGAAGAAACUGAGAUAAAUGACUUACAUGUGCGUGUGAUUGAUACUCCAGACAUGUUUGAUGAUGACACUGAACCAUCAGUUCGGGACAAACAUGUAAAAAGGUGCAAAGAGCUCUGUGAGUCAGAACUCUGUGUCUAUGUACUUGUGAUGCAUGUGAGCAGAUUUACAGAUGGUGAGAGAGACAUACUGGAAAAGCUAGAAAACACUUUUGGGACCAAAGUGAAAGAACAAACUGUCAUCCUGUUCACCCGUGGAGAAAACCUGGAGGAGGCAGAAAUGACCCUGGAGGGUUUUCUUCAUUCCUGUCAACCUGGUCUGAAGGAAAUCAUUGAAAAGUGCAACAACAGGUGUGUUCUUUUUGAGAACCGCAGCUCAAGUUCAGACCAGGUGGAAAAGCUAAUGAACACAGUGAGCGUGGUGUUAAAGAAAACAGCAAAGAUACAAUAAAUAAAAGGAGGCUUGGAUAUUUUUGAUUAUAAAUGCAAAUAGUAUGGAUCUUUUUUUAAAGGUGUGUCUGUGUGUGAGAUUCGUUAGUUAUUAGUAUUAACUUCGAAUUUGUAAUGUGUGUGUAACUGAUGCAAGAUUUUUACUGUACUGAAUUUUAAUUGGUGUGAAAGAUUUACAAUAAAACAAAGUUCAGUGUGCCUUAUUUCUCUUUGGUGUUUGGACCACGCUGAUUCUGUCCUGUUGGAUCAGUGAAUUUAUUCAUCAGUUUUUCUGGUUUGUUGUUUUUUUGUUUAGUUGUUUUGGGGCAGGGCACACAGCAUAGUUACUUCUUUUGGAAGUAACUAAAUAGGGAAUAUGGUAAUCUCUGUCGAGGAGAUGUCAGCAGAGAUGAGGACACCAAGGAACCGGAAGGUGUGGACCCUCUCCACACACUCCCUGUUGAUGUAAAGGCGGGCUAGGUCAGUGCUGUGUCUCCUGAAGUCGACAAUGACCUCUUUGGUUUUUUGGCACGAGGCUGCCAACUUCAGGUCUUCCUCUGUAGUCUGCCCUGUCUCUCUUUGAGAUGAGUCCAACUACCAUGGUGUCAUCAGCAAACUUGAUGAUGAGAUUGUUGUUGUGGGUCGAACUGCAGUCGUGGGUGUAGAGAGAAUACAGGAGGGGGCUCAGCACACAGCCCUUUGGGGAGAAUGGCUCAGUGUGAGAGUGGAGGAGAGAUGAGGGUCGAGUCGUACAGUAUGGGGCCGGUUUGUGAGAAAGUCCUUUAUCCAGGAACAUGUGAGAGGGCAGAGACCAAGACUCACCAGUUUGGUGAUGAGGAUGUCCGGGAUGAUUGUAUUAAAGGCUGAGCUGUAGUCCAUGAAGAGCAUUUGGACGUAGCUCUGCCACUGCUCUAGGUGACUCAGCACAGAGUGGAGGGCUAUGGUGAUGACAUCUACUGUGGAUCUGUUUGCGCGGUAUGCAAACUGGUGGGGGUCAAAUUCUGGGCGGCGGUAAUCCUUGAGGUGCUGAAGAACUAGUCUCUCAAAGCAUUUUAUGAUUACUGGCGUGAGGGCCACAGGGCGGUAGAGGCCAGCGAUGAUCUUUUGUGCUGUCUUGACUACACUCUGAAGCCUCGCUCUAUCCGCCUUAGUGCAGCUGAAUGGGAGUCGUAAGCCACUGCAACAGUGUGCGCCACUAUCUUGCAACAUGUCAUAUAAAUCAUGUAGUGCACCUUGAUACAGCUGUUGCAAUUUGGCACUGUAUAAAAACUGAAUUGAAUACAUGUGCAUCUAAAUACUUUGUUAUUAAUAUACUUACAUUUCCUAAAUUAUAGUUUGAACCAUUAACAUCUUCUAAACACAAAGAUGGUUUGUAAUUAAGACAGCACUUUAUUUACAGACGGUGAAUCCAUCAUUUAUAAAGUUUUAAAAUGUAGUCAGUAAACAUUUAAGCAUUAUUAACAAGGAUAAAACUGUUUAAAUUCCUUAUUAUUAAAUAAGUAGUGAGUGAGUGGAGCUUAACUAAUCUGUCACAAAUCACAUAUCCCAUUUCAUUCCGAUUAUAAGAAAGACCUCUUGAUGCAUGCUCAA